AUGUAUUCAUUCGACUUCAACUUUGACACGGCAUAUCCGCCACAGACUGAAUACCCCAAACAAGACGACUGUCUGGGAUACAUGCCCAUCACGCCUCCUUACCUGGACUGGAGCUCGCUGACAUUCCCGCCGGUUGAAUACGCACCCAUCGUCGAUAACGUGCUCCCGGAAGAACCCUCGGAGCCCUCGGACGUGUCUUCUUCUUCCGGAGAAGAAAGCCCCUACUUUUUCGACGAAUACUGCACCAUUCCCUCUCUGGUCGACCAGCUCAAAGAAAACCCCAACAUUUGGGCCAUGGCAAACACCGUCAAGAAAGGAGCCUACGUGUGUAGCCACUGCACUAAGCAGGGCACCCCCGUCAAGUUCAAAACCAUGGUCGACUUUGCCACCCACCUCGACUCGCAUUCUCAUGACCGAAGCUGCAAAUGCGCCGACACAAAAUGUCCCUGGUCCAUUGUGGGCUUCUCUACUCGAUCGGAAAUGCGAAGACACACAAACUCGGUCCAUCGACAAACACCCUUCACAUGCAAAAUCUGUGACCGCGGGUUUGUACGAGAAGACUCUCUCAAACGGCAUGUCAAACUACUCCACAUUUCUCCCCUCAAAACCAGACGAAAGAGUACCUGA